AUGUCUACAAGUGAGCAAGAUGGAAGCGAUUCCAAUUUGGAAUCUCCCUUUUCUCAAUCUGAUUCACCGUACAGUUCGCCGUCUCAUCAAGUUCCACAGCUAGCCAAUAUCAUUUCGGAGUUAUCAUGUGCCGAGAAUGCAAAUAUGCCGAAAGGCAACAUGCCAUAUCUCUAUAUUGUGGAACAGCCACAGAACCACUUUAGAUUCAGAUACAAAAGUGAAAUGAUUGGAACGCAUGGUUGUCUCUUGGGAAAGUCAUGUGCCCCAAGUAAAUCCAAAUCACAUCCUACUGUUGAGCUUAGAAACUAUACUGGGAGGGCGCUUGUAAGAUGUAGGUUAGCAAGGCAUGAUUCUACUGAUGAACACCCUCAUAAAUUACUAGAAGAAGACCAGGAUAGAGACGUCCACAGCUGGUUACCGGAAAAAGGAAGCUAUCGUGUCGCAUUUAGGGGAAUGGGUAUAAUACACACGGCGAAAAAAGAUGUUCCCGCUCUAUUGUACAAAAGAUAUGCCUCAGAGAAACCAGAGACAGCUUUUAAUGAAAAUAAGCUGAGAUUGAAAUGCGAGAACGAGGCGAAGAAUAUUAAUUUGAAUAUAGUGAGAUUGAAGUUCAGUGCUCACGACCCAAGCACAGAUGCUGAGAUUUGUCCACCAGUUUACUCAGAGUGUAUACAUAAUAUGAAGAGCGCAGCAACCAAUGAUCUUAAGAUCUGUCGUAUGAGCCGUUGUUACGGCCGACCGAAAGGCAAAGAGGAUGUCUUCAUAUUUGUUGAAAAAGUUAAUAAGAAAAACAUACUGAUAAACUUCUUCGAACUGGACAAAUAUGGAGAAAGGGUUUGGUCUAAAAAGGCGACUUUCUUGCAGAGCGACGUACAUCACCAAUACGGAAUUGUAUUCAGGACACCAGAAUACCGUAACUUACAAAUAACAUCGGAUGCCAAGGUUUUCAUAGAAUUAGUUAGACCGAGCGAUGGCAGGACCAGUGAACCGAAGGAGUUUACAUACAAAGCUGAAACCAUAUUCAGACAGAAUAAAAAAAGGAAAGCUAACUCAUCAUUCUCCUCUAUAGGAAGUUCAGGUAGUUCAAUAAAAAGUUUCAGCGACCUGCCAGCAACUGUUGAGUAUGCUAAUCAAAUUGUUGAAUUCAAUAAUAUGACUAAUAAUGAUAUUGACAUAACGGAACAACCGCCGGUUGCGCCUAUAUACCAUUUCAAACCAUCUAAGUACGGCCCGUGGUGUAGUGUUAUGGUGUGUGCGUGCUAUGGCCGUGAGUAUAGGAUCAUUGAUGGUGGGUCCGCGGAAGGUGUGUCCGUAGCGGCUGACCAGCGACCCGAAAGGACUGAAACCUAUCACAUGCUGGUGCCGCUGAGCGAACUAUCAGCUCCGAUUGGAUUAACUGAGGGUGGAUCUCUAUCUGUAGUGACACUGUUCUUCAUGCACUGGCCCAUGGGGCUCAAUGAGAACUACACUCACUCAGCCGUGGACUACUUGGACUAUUGGCGCGGGCUGGAGGGGGUGGUGAGGCUCGGGCUCGCUAAGAACAUAGGCCUGUCCAACUUCAACCAGCACCCGAUACAGAGGGUCCUCACCGAGGGCAGCAUCAAACCUGUGACGCUGCAGAUAGAGAUCCACCCUCAUCCGUUCGGGUCGCUGGUCAGCCGCUACGGACACACCUUCCGCGGACCCACCAUCAAUGAUCCUAUACUCACGGCCAUAGCACGCACACACCAUAACACUACACCACGGGCCGUACUUAGAUGGCUGGUGGACAGAAAGGUACCUCAAAAUCAAAUAGCCCCAACAGAUGACUCUAUGAUGGCGGAAGCUUUAUUGCAUUCGUGUGUGGGUUCAAAUCCCAUCCAAUCCAAAGCUAUGAGCCCUCUCCUGAGUCAACCGAACGUGCCCGAACCUCCCGUACUGCAACUUCACUCGUCUGAAUUGGACAGAGUUCUUGAGCAAGACAUCGAUUUGCUCAGUGAAGAUAAGAAACGAUUUUUCAGUACUGAACUCUCCGAAUACUUCGAACAAUAUGACGGAGUUGAGCCCAGCACGAUGGAGUGGAUCAAAGCGUCAAUGAUGGUCUCCGAUUCUGGAAAACGAAUCGAGAAGAAAACAAACUGCAAGGAAUCAGUGAAGGCGGAGAUAAAAGAUGACCCGCAAAACAAAGUCAUAAGAAAACCACCAAGUGAAUAUUCCGCGCUCUACAAAGCUGAAGACGGUGUUGAAGUUCAGAAACUCAUCAAGGAACUAUGUGAAAUGAUGAGGAACAAGGAUGGUUGUAAGAAGCAGGAUGUGAGAAACAAGUUGGACAGGCUGUUCGAGAUGAGACUAUCCAAUGGUGACACUUUUCUCCACUUGACCUUGAGUAGUAAUCAGCCGAGCUUGGAGUAUAUUGUGAAGUUGAUUUAUAAUAUGAAGAUGACUAAGUUGUUAAACUUAAAGAACAAUCAAAUGCAGACUGUAUUACAUCUGGCUAUUAUCAAUGAUUCGCCGAAAUUAGUCUCUUUCCUUGUAUCAAAAGGUUGUAAUCCGAUGGAAGAAGACAAUGAAGGAAAUAAUGCACUUCAUUAUGCUGUCAUAUGUCAGACUUGCCUUGGACCUCUUUUAGAAUCCAUCAAGAAUAAUAACAUCAGCUACGAUAUAAACGCUUACAACAAUGAGAAACAGACAGCUUUACAUCUAUCAUCGGUGUACGGUUGUCGUAAGAGCGUGGCCUUGUUAUUAUCUGCCGGUGCCAAGUGGGACGCUCGCGAUGGAGACGGUCGUACAGCCCUCCACCUCGCCGUACUUGACGACUGUUUGUCAGUAGCCACUGAACUGCUAGAGAAGCCGGUGGAUGUAGACGCCUUGGAUGGAAAAGGCUACACAGCACUUCAGAUUGCCUGCGAUAGUGUGAUGAGAGAAAACACUUUAGAGAUUGUUAAACUUUUACUAGACAAGAAGGCAGAUCCUCUGAAACACGAAGAAAACAACCAUUCUGCAUGGAGACUGGCGCGAGAUAAGCCAGAACUAGCAACACUUAUGGAAAAAUAUAUUAGUCCAGAAAAAAAUAUAGAAUUAGAUAUUAAAUCUGAGCCGGACGACGAAUAUGACUCAGAAGAAAAGGAUACAGAAUCGGAUCUUACAGCAUUACCAAUGUAUAUCAAUCGAGUUGCAGUCUUACUUGAUAAUAAUGGAGGUUGGAAGGAAUUAAUGAGAAGGCUUGAUAAGGAUUCCUAUUGCUCCUGGUAUAAAGCCGCAGACAGUCCCACAAAAACACUCUUAGAUCAUCUUAAGAGUUGCAAUGAUGGUGUGUCUUCAAAGUCUUUAGCGUUGUUAUUAGAUGACAUCGGACAACGCGAAGCAGCAACAAUUAUUAAAGCCUGUAUAGGUGAACCAAUUAAGAACCUUAAGUGA